AUGUCGUCUGCUAAGAGGAGAAAGGUCGAUGGAGAUGUGCCUUCGGGCCUCAAGGAUAAGAAGAAAGAGGCACCGGUAGCAAACCCAGCUCCAAGCUCACCGCCGCGAGAACCUGAAGAACCAGAACAACAGAAGGAAGAGGCUGCACCGAAGUCGUUUAAAGAUCUGGGAAUCAUCGACUCACUAUGCGAAGCUUGCGAGAAGCUUGGAUACAAGGCGCCCACACCUAUCCAAGCUGAAUCGAUACCCCUCGCACUUCAAGGACGAGAUUUGAUCGGUCUGGCAGAAACAGGUAGCGGAAAGACAGCAGCCUUUGCCCUACCCAUCCUCCAAGCACUACUUGAAAAACCGCAGCCUCUAUUCGGACUCGUGCUGGCACCCACCCGAGAGCUGGCUUUCCAAAUAUCUCAGCAAUUCGAAGCGCUUGGGUCUCUCAUAAAUGUACGAUGCACGGUCUUAGUUGGAGGAAUGGAUAUGGUCUCGCAAGCAAUCUCUUUAGGCAAGAAACCACAUAUCGUGGUGGCUACUCCUGGUCGAUUGCUGGACCAUCUUGAGAAUACGAAGGGUUUCUCUCUGCGAGCACUUAAAUACCUAGUGAUGGACGAGGCCGAUAAACUCCUUGACCUCGAUUUCGGACCAAUCUUGGACAAGAUUCUCAAGGUCAUCCCCAGAGAGCGGCGAACAUACCUCUUCUCUGCAACAAUGAGUUCCAAGGUCGAGAGUCUGCAGAGAGCCAGUUUGAAGGACCCUCUCAAAGUCAGUAUCAGCAGCAAAUACCAGACGGUAUCCACCCUGCUCCAGAGUCUGGUUUUUAUCCCACACGUACACAAAGACACCUAUCUUGUGUACCUUCUAAACGAAUUUUCUGGAAGAUCUGCCAUUGUCUUCACUCGAACCGUGAACGAGACACAGCGGUUGGCCGAGAUGUUACGUGCGUUGGGCUUCGGCGCAAUCCCUCUUCAUGGCCAACUUUCGCAGUCCGCUCGUUUGGGGGCACUGAAUAAAUUCCGUGCUGGCUCUCGCAACAUCCUUCUUGCUACCGAUGUUGCUGCCCGAGGUCUUGAUAUCCCCAAUGUGGACGUGGUAUUCAACUACGACCUCCCGGGUGACGACAAGACAUACAUCCAUCGUGUCGGUCGUACGGCACGAGCAGGGAAGUCUGGCCACGCAAUAAGUAUUGUGACACAAUACGAUAUAGAGGUCUGGCAGCGGAUAGAGAAGAGCCUGGGGAAGAAAUUGGAGGUGUAUGAGACGGUCAAGGAUGAGGUCAUGCUUUUCAAACUAAGGGUUGAGGAUGCGCAGCGGCAUGCCAGGAACGAGAUGAAGAAAUUGCACGAGGACAGGGGGAAGAAGGGUAGUGUUUUGAAAGGACGACGGCCGAAGGGUGGGAAGAGAGAUAGAGACGAGAUGGAUAGGGAAGAGGGAUAA